AUGGAGCCGGAGGAGAGGAAGAUCUCGGUGUGGCUCUGCCAGGAGGAGAAGUUGAUCUCUGGCCUCUCCAGACGCACCACUUGCUCCGACGUGGUGCGGGUGGUGCUGGAGGACAACAGCCAGCGGCAGCAGCUGGCCGCCCUGCAGGAGUCCGGCGGGGGGAUGCUCUCGGGCCCCCCCGAGUCCUACUGCAUCGUGGAGAAGUGGAGGGGCUUCGAGAGGAUCCUGCCCAACAAGACCAAGAUCCUGAGGCUCUGGGCUGCCUGGGGGGACGAGCAGGAGAACGUCCGCUUCGUGCUGGUCCGCAGCGAGGCGUCCCUGCCCAACGCGGGGCCCCGCAGCGCCGAGGCCAGGGUGGUGCUGAGCAAGGAGCGCCCUUGCCAUGGUCUCGGCGCGGCCCGGGCCAGCCUGGCGCUCACGCAGGAGAAGCAGCGCCGGGUGGUGAGAAAAGCCUUCCGGAAACUGGCCAAGAUCAACAAGAAGCGGCAGCAGCCGCUGGCCAAGGAGGCGUCCUCGGCGGAGAGGAUGGAGACCCUGGUGCACCUGGUGCUGUCGCAGGACCACACCAUCCGCCAGCAGAUCCAGCGGCUCCGGGAGCUGGACCGGGAGAUCGACAGGUACGAGGCUAAGAUCCACCUGGACCGCAUGAAGCGGCACGGCGUGAACUACGUGCAGGACACCUACCUGGUGGGGGCCAGCAGCUGCGAGCUGGAGGCGAGCCGGGAGCUGGAGCUGGAGCUGGAGCCGGGCUCGGGCCCGGACGGGGCGGCCGGGCAGCUGGAGGAGUACGCCAGGAAGUGCGAGGAGGUGCUGCAGCUGCAGGAGCAGCGGACGCGGCAGGAAGAGCUGCUGGAGCACCUGGCCGGGGAGAUCCAGGAGGAGCUGAACGAGCGCUGGAUGAAGCGGCGCCGGGAGGAGCUGGCCGCGGCCAAGGGCUCCAGUUCCUGCCUCUUCGAGCCCGAGUGCAACACCACGGAGCUGAGCGGCGGGGCCGGCAGCGAGCUCCACGUGGAGCAGGAGCGCGUGAAGACCCAGCUGAGCACCAGCCUCUAUAUCGGGCUCCGGCUGAGCACGGACUUAGAGGCGAUCAAAACGGACCUGGAUUACACGCAGCGCGCGCGCGAGGACAGGGAGCGGGAGCUGCAGCGCCUGCUGGAGACGCUGAAUACCUUGGACUUCGCGGACACCCAGGCGGCAGCUCAGAUCCUCCUCCCCGAGGAGCGCGCUCCCGGCGGCCCUGCCUUACACGAGGCUGGGCUGGGGGCUCCCGUGGGCAGCUCAGACGUCUGGGAGGGCCAGGCCAGGGGGCGGUGCAAGGCCUGCGAGGAGAACGAUGAGGACUCGGAUACAGGACUGAGCUCCAUGCACAGCCAGGACUCUGACUCUGUCCCAGUCUGUGAAUCGCUUGUAUAG